UCAUUCCCUCGUUUUCCUCCGCCAUGAAUACAGAGAACUUCUUGGCUAGCGAGAGACUCGUGAACGCGGCCUACGUGCGGCAGGGGUCGCAGGGGCGCCGCGCGCACGAGCUCCGUUUGCGGGCCUUACUGGAGCAGGGCAAAUGUCCUGAAGAUGGAUGGGAUGAAAGCACUAUUGAACUUUUUCUCCAUGAACUGGCAAUUAUGGAUAGCAAUAAUUUCCUGGGCAACUGUGGUGUGGGUGAGAGGGAAGGAAGAGUGGCAUCAGGGCUAGUAGCCCGCCGGCAUUACAGGUUGAUCCAUGGGAUUGGAAGGUCAGGCGAUAUUUCUGCUGUUCAGCCAAAAGCUGCAGGCUCCAGUCUCUUGAACAAACUUACUAAUUCAAUUGCCUUGGAUAUUAUAAGACUUGCUGGUGUCAGGACAGCAAGUAGCUGCUUUGUGGUCCCCAUGGCAACUGGCAUGAGCCUAACAUUAUGCUUCCUAACCCUGCGGCACAAGAGACCAAAGGCAAAAUACAUUAUCUGGCCCCGUAUAGACCAGAAAUCCUGUUUCAAGUCAAUGAUCACUGCAGGUUUUGAGCCUGUGGUGGUAGAAAAUGUAUUAGAAGGUGACGAGCUGCGUACAGACCUCAAGGCAGUGGAAGCUAAAAUCCAGGAACUUGAGGCUGAUAAUAUACUCUGUGUUCAUUCUACCACAUCAUGUUUUGCUCCAAGGGUGCCUGACAGAUUGGAAGAAUUGGCCGAGAUUUGUGCAAGAUAUGACAUCCCCCACAUUGUCAAUAAUGCAUAUGGAGUCCAGUCCUCCAAAUGUAUGCAUCUUAUUCAGCAGGGAGCACGAAGAGGUCGAAUUGAUGCUUUUGUGCAAAGUUUGGACAAAAACUUCAUGGUUCCAGUAGGUGGUGCUAUCAUUGCUGGCUUCAGUGACUCCUUCAUACAGGAGAUCAGCAAAAUGUACCCAGGAAGAGCAUCAGCCUCUCCUUCAUUAGAUGUUCUCAUUACAUUGCUGACCUUGGGCACAAAGGGGUAUCAACAGCUGCUAAAAGAAAGAAAGGAUAUGUUUUCCUACCUUUUGGAGAAUGUGAAGAAAUUAGCGGAAGCUUACAACGAGAGACUGCUGGAAACACCUCACAACCCCAUCUCCUUAGCUAUGUCACUCAGAGAGCUAGAUAAACAAAGUGGUACAGCUGUUACGCAGCUUGGAUCUAUGCUUUUCACCAGACAAGUGUCUGGCGCAAGGGUCGUUCCCCUUGGGUCUCAGCAAACAGUGAGUGGUUACACUUUCGAAGGCUUCAUGGCCCAUACAAACAAAUACCACUGUGCCUACCUCAAUGCUGCUUCAGCCAUUGGAAUGACGAAAGAAGAUGUCGAUGUGUUCUUGAAAAGACUUGAUAAGUGCUUGAAGGCUCUAAGUAAAGGAAAGAACGAUGAAAAAGGUUCCCCGGCACUGAAUGACGAAGUGGCCUCCGCUAUGGAAAAGUGCAAUUUAGUCGAAGAAGGUGACCGAAAAUAGCUUAAGGAAGAUGCUUCCCAACUUACGAUGUUCAGCAUUUAUAUCAGGGUCAUGUCGAGCAACCUGCAGUACAAUUAAUGGCGGGGGGA